CACAUUUCUUCGACAGCUCCAAACCCAACGGCAACAACAUGGAGACCCUUGCCCCUGUUUGUAUGUAACUUUUCAGAUCUCCUCACCGACCCGUUUUCUUUCUCUCUUUCGGCAGCUCCGACCAAUCGCCCGCACGCCCGCCCGCCCGCCCGCCCGCCCGCCCGCCGGGUUCUUGGUUGGCGUUCGCCGGCCGGAAAUGGAGGCGAUAAGGAAGCAGGCCACGCGGCUCAGGGAGCAGGUCGCGAGGCAGCAGCAGGUAUCAACAUGACUAUGGUGUAACUGGGAAGAACGGAAGGAGAGCCUUUGAAGAAUUGGUUGCCAACAAAUGGGAGAAAUUCACUUUCUAAUGAGGAGAGCUUUUUGUCAAGACUGACAGCAGUGGAGCUCUUUGCUAUGCUUUCUAUGCUUUUUUCCACCUUACAUCUGUAUCCUGAACAAAUCGCAGUUCUCAAGCAAUUUGGUGCUAGCGGACAUGGAAGUUCUGAUAGUGUAAUUACAGAUGAGGCAGAACUUCAGCAACAUCAAAAGUUAGAGAAGCUUUACAUAUCAACCCGUGCGGCCAAGCAUUUUCAAAGGGACAUUGUUCGCGGUGUGGAAGGUUACAUUGUCACGGGAUCUAAACAAGUUGAAAUAGGUAAUAAGUUGUCUGAAGAUAGUAGAAAAUAUGGUGUUGAAAACACCUGCACCAGCGGCAAUACGCUUUCAAAAGCUGCUAUAAGUUAUUCAAGGGCUCGUUCUCAAAUAGAAAAAGAGCGCGGAAAUCUUUUAAAAGCCUUUGGUACCCAGGUUGCAGAACCAUUAAGAGCAAUGGUAAUGGGUGCUCCUUUGGAGGAUGCUCGACACCUUGCCCAGAGAUAUGACAAAAUGCGUCAAGAAGCUGAAGCUCAGGCUAUUGAAGUUUCGAAGCGUCAAAUAAAAGUAAGAGAAACCGCUGGCAAUAUCGAUAAUAUAUCAAAGUUAGAAUCUGCUGAGGCUAAGCUGGAAGAGUUAAAGUCACAUAUGGCAAUACUGGGUAAGGAAGCUGUUGCAACAAUGACUGCUGUUGAAGCCCAACAACAAAGGUUAACUUUACAGAGGCUUAUUGCAAUGGUUGAGUCAGAACGAACUUUCCAUCAGAGAAUCCUAUACAUCCUUGAUCAACUUGAAGGAGAGAUGGUAUCAGAGCGUCAAAGAAUUGAAGCAUCUCCAAAUCCAGUCAUGGAAAACUCUAUGCCACCACCCCCAUCUUAUGAAGAAGCCAAUGGAAUGUUUUCUACCCCAACAGUUGAUGGAUCAGCUGAAAAUGUGGAAUACUUUUUAGCAGAGGUUAUACAUUCAUAUCAGGCUGAGACAGAUGUGGAACUUAACUUGUCAGUUGGGGACUAUGUUGUUGUAAGAAAGGUGGCUGGUAAUGGUUGGGCUGAAGGUGAAUGCAAAGGAAAAGCAGGUUGGUUCCCUUAUGAAUACAUUGAAAGACGAGAACGCGUGCUUGCAAGUAAAAUCGCUCAAAUUUUUUAGCCGGGUAUUGGAGAAUAUGGAUUCCCAUAUUGAAGCUUCUACUGAGUUCUCUAUGCCUACAGCUGCCUACAGUACAAGUCUGAAGUGUGCAAACCUUGACGUUGCAUCUUUGUUUUCUUUAUUUUUUUUUUCUUUCGUUUUCUUCUACUUCAGUUUGAAGUUUCCUCUAAAGACGGCCCAUUUUGUUUACUGAUGAAGUAUUGCCGUCUUGUAUUUCCUUUUGCAAUGUUAACUAGAUUAUGAAGCAAGUAAAGUUGAUUAUCAUCAAUCAAUCCAAGACCAGCUAUUGUUCAGCCUGGUGAUAUU